AUGAAGCAAACUAUUAUCCCUUCCCUCGUGGCCCUGGCUGCCUCCUGCUCCGGCGUUAUGGCCACCGAUGAGCUCAUCAGCGUCCCUGUGGGUCUCUGCACCGCUAUCCUCGGUGAUGCCGAGUGCAAGCAGACUUCCUCCUCUAACGGACUGAUCAAUGUCCCUGUUAACGGUUGCGUUGCUGCUCUUGGUAAGGCCAAGUGUGACCAGGCCUCGACCUCCAGCGGCAAGGGCUCUCUGAUCAACGUCCCGAUCAAUGUCUGCCUGGCUGUUCUCGGCGAGGCUCACUGCCAGCAGAGCUCCAACGACAACGGUGGUCUGAUCAACAUCCCCAUCAACCUGUGCCUUGCUGUUCUCGGCGAGGUUGACUGCCAGGAUGGAUCCAGCACCUCCGCUGCCACCACCACCCCCUGCGACACCGAGACCAGUGAGAUCGUGCACUCCACCGUCAUCCCCGGUGCCUCUACCACUCAGGCCUCCGUCCCUGCCACUACUACUCCCUGUGACACCGAGACCAGCGAGAUUGUGCACUCCACUGUGAUCCCCGGUGCCUCCGGCACUGGCUCUUCUCCUGUUGCUCCUACCACCACCCCCUGUGACACCGAGACCAGCGCCAUUGUCAGCUCCACCGUCAUCCCCGGUGCCUCUGGCUCUGGUCCUUCCGGCCCUGCUGGCCCUGCUCCCACUGGCCCUGCUUCCUCUGGCUACCCCGGAUCUCCCUCCGGUGUCUCCCCUGGUCACUCUUCCGGCUCCGGCUCUAAGCCCGCCGUCACCGUCACCUCUACCCGUUACCAGACUGUCUGCCCUCUCUCCGCUGGCCCCAGCGGCUGGUCCAAGACCAGCUCUCUGCGCCGUGUGACCCCCACUGCCCCUGCCCCCAUUGCCUCCGCUUCCAGCGGUGUCCCCGGCACCACCGGUGCUCCCUCGGCCACCCCCACCCCCGCCUUCAACGCGGCUGGACGUGCCACCUUCUCCGGUGUUGCCGUUGUCUUCGGUGCUCUCUGCGCCUUUGCCAUGCAGAUCUAA